AAUGCAAGAAUACGCAAAGCGGAAUAGGCGGACGAUGAAACCACCAGAUGGGACACAAAGCCGCCGUCAAGCACACACACAGGCCGACAUAGCAAGCAGGAAAGGCAUGAACUCCACGUGUAUACAGAACAUCAUAAACAGAGGAGACGCAGAUAAAGAUGAAAAUACAAAGACAGGCAAAGUGACACCCUUGGUUCCAGCAAAUUAUACUUCACAUGAUGAGUUUUAUGACUCCCAGAACGAAAACGAAAAUGAACACGGUAUAAAUGAAUUAAAUACGAAGAGAAAUGGGGUCCUUCUGUUAGGAAGAGAAACAGUGAGAACGCCAGGAAAUGUGGAAUUGGCAAAACAAACUGUGCAAAAUGUCGUGGAACUGUACCUAAGACAGGAAGAUUUGCAAGCCGAUGUUGCGUUGGGUUUCACUAUCGAAACAGAAGAGAAGCUGGUGGACCUGCCAAUGAGCGAAGAACAUGACAUAUACAGAUUAUCUGCAUUAACGGAAGACUCGUCAGACAAUGCACGCCUACAUCCGGAGGAGCCAGAAAUAUCUGAACAUUUCGAGCUGAAGUGUGUAUCAGAGGAAGAAACGAAACGUGGAGUUCACCACAAACAAAACCUUGCUAUUAAAACGGAUCUAAUUUUGAAGAGGGAAGAACUCGGACCAAAAUCUAGUAAGAAACGGAGGAAAAGUGCGAGUAACAAGGGGUCUCCUAGUCAGUUUGUGUCGCGGUCAGUUACUUCAACUCAGCCAUCAUGUGAGAAUCUGCUGAAAGUUAAGGAUGCGGUGGAACGGGCCAUUAGGGAACACAAAACAUUCACAGUGCAAGGAACAUUUCCAACAAUCCGUGAAGCCAUGAGGCACCGAGGUUGGAUCGAGAAAGAAACAAAUAGAAAUAAAGCCACUAUGUCAUUGGAUGAUGCUUCAAUUCCAAGCAGUAUAUCUGUUCUUACAUCCUUAAUGAAAAUAGACAGGAGAACUUCUGAGGCACUGUUAACAGCUCGACUUCUGCGCAAUGUUGAGGUUGACUUCUUGUGGACAAUGAGGAGUGAGCCCAUAGAUUGGCAGGCAGUUCAGAAGAACCAAAUCAUUAACAGGUUUCCAAGAGCAUAUUUCACAACCAAGGUGGGGUUGUGUGCCUAUCUGCAGCACACACACUGGUUCUGUGAGAGUGACGUAUCUCAUAUCUCGUUUCCACGAUGCUACAGUGUCUGUCAGCCAGAUGAACUGACAGCAUUCACACAUGACUUUCGCAUGACAGCAUGCCUCGGCUUACUUAAAUGGCUAGUGAGGAUAUAUGAAAAUCAGGGAGAAACAUCCUUGAAGUCUGUAGAGGGAAAGAUUCCAUUCACAGCUGUGGAAUUUGCACUGAAACGUUGUCAGGAAUAUAUUAGCAUUCAGGCACAUGAGGAUAUAGACAGGCAAGAUUCCAUCUCUGUAUGGGAUCAUCAGUGGGAUCAGUUCCUUACAUGGUAUUAUAUGGCUGUGCAUGACAACUUUCUGUUGUUAGAAUGCAGGACUACGUCUAUUGUGGAUUUGUAUGAGUCAGCAAAACACGUUCUUACCGACAUCAGGAAGUUCUGGCCUCAGAUAGACCUUGAUGGGAUGAACAAUAUCUGGAUAGUUAAACCUGGUGCUCAGUCACGUGGCAGAGGAAUUCAACUGACAGACAAACUUGAAAGAGUGAUGGAAAAAGUGAAUCCUACAGCACUGAAGGAAUCCAGAUUUGUGGUGCAGAAGUACAUAGAAUGCCCUCUACUAAUUUAUGACACAAAAUUUGACAUUCGCCAGUGGUUUCUGGUCACAUGUGCCCAGCCCUUAACCAUUUGGAUGUACAAAGAAAGCUAUCUACGUUUCUGUUCACAACCAUUUGACCUGAUCAGUAUGCAUGAAUCUGUACAUCUGUGUAAUAAUGCUGUGCAAAGCAAAUAUAAGAAUGCAAAACGCAAUGCAGGUUUACCCGAUGAGAACAUGUGGGAUUGCUAUACUUUUCAAACAUAUCUAAGAGGAAUAGGUCAUGCUGAUAUGUGGGAAAAAUGCAUCUACCCUGGCAUGCGGCAGAGCAUCAUAUGUGCUUUGCUUGCAUCACAAGAACAUAUGGAUAGACGUACAAAUUGUUUUGAACUGUUUGGAGCAGACUUCAUGCUGAGUGAAGACUUCUCACCAUGGUUAAUUGAAAUUAAUUCAUGUCCCUGCAUGCAGGCUACUACAAGUGUUACUGCCCGUAUGUGCUCACAAUGUCUUGAAGAUGUUAUAAAAGUGGUGAUUGAUAAGCGUUCCGACAAGAGAGCAAGUACAGGAAUGUUUGAACUAAUCUACAGGCAGCAUGCUCCCCAGGCACCUCCAUACCUGGGAAUGAAUUUGUCUAUUCGUGGGACCAAAGUCCGUAACACAGUAUCUAGACCAAGAUCACAAACCAGGAGUGCUAACAAGGCAAACAUACCUAGGGACAGAUCCAAUGAGCAGGAGUCAUACAGCAGUAGUCCUGACAACAGUAAAAAGAGGAAGAGUGUUAUGCUACAGAGUUCAUUUAGUAGAAGGCCUACAGUGACAAGUUCAAGUGGCAGUUCUGGGGAUAACAGGUGUCAAGACUGCCCAGAGAAGUUUGCGAUACAGAGUAUACCAGGAAUAAGUUUUGAGGGUGAAGCAUUAUUCAGUGAGCAAUCCAGACAACCUACAUCAAAGGAAAGUAUUAUGGAAACUCAUUCAGGAGACGGUUCUGAUGAACAAAAUCUAGUAAGCAGUGAUUCUGAGUACACUGUGAACCCUAAUUAUAGCACAAAUAACGCACAGCUUAAUAAUCUGCAAGAAUAUAUCAACAGUGAACCUGAAUACAAACUAGAUAUAAAUCACAGUUCUGAACAGCUCAAAUUUCUGGACACCAACCUUGAAACCAUACUGGAUAAGAAUCCUGAUAUUCACAGCAAAAACAGUAUAGAUGUCGCCAGCUAUGACAAUGAAGGAAACCACAAACAUGAAACUGGGUUAAACAGUUCAAGUGCCAUUUCUGCUGAGCAAGAGCUACCCAGUAGUCCACCUGAAUGUGUUACAAAGAACACUGCUAGGUUAAAGGAUUAUGAGAUGAAUCAGCCAAUUGACAGCAGUCCAGAAAAUAAGCUGCAAGUUAAAGAAGCCGGAAUAAAAAAAUCAGAGGGAAGUUCUAAUGAAGUACAGCCAGUCAGUAACGGACAUGAGCUGAAUAUGGUGAAAUGGAGAAGCAUCAGAGUAACGAAUUUUAAGCUUGCACGUACAGAACAUGAAGCAGUUAGCAGUGGGCCUGAAAAUUCUACACAGAAAAAUAGAACUGAAAUAAUAAAGAAGACAGGGUCCACUUCAAAGGAACAAGAACCAGUCACAAGUGGCUUGGAGCAAACUGUGAGCAGAAAGUCUAGGCUAAAAUUCAGGAAGAAGAAUCAAGGGGGAAGUGGUACUGAGAUGACAAUGAGAAAGAAGAACAAUUGCAAAGUACAGAAAAUGAGUGACAGCUCAGAUGACCAACACUCAGUCAACAGUGGUUCUUUCCAGAAGAAAAAAAGUACCAAGAUAAAAAAUUCAAGUGAUAGUUCAGAAGAACAAAAAUCAAGAUGUGAUUACAAUAGAGACAGAAAGAAGAGUGCUACAAUAAAGCCAAUGAGACAGAGAUGUGAAGGACAACAACUAUUUGACAGUGACACAGAAAAUGUUACACAGAAGAAAACAAGUUCUGGAACAAAAGAUACAUGUGACAGUUCUGACGAACAAGAACUAAUCAGUAGUGGAUAUGACAAUAAAGCUCAUCUGAAUUAUUCAAAAAUUAAAUGUUUAAGAGAGAAUUCUGAGUAUCAGGAACUCAGCACUAAACCAGAAAGUCCUUCACAAAAGAAAAGAAAGAAUUUGGGGGGAAAUAUUUCAAGUGAUGGAUCUGGAAUACAGGAACAGUGCAAGAGAACAAAACAAUCUCUGAACAAAUCUAUAGAGGAAGAUGAAGUUAGCACUUUUUCUGACAUCCAGAAGAAAAGCAAGGAAACAGACAAAUCACAAGGCUCAGAUGGGGAAAGUGAGGAAGUGGCAGUCCAUGCAACACCAAAACAUAAAAAAGCAAUGCCUAAUACCAUGUCUUUAUAUGGUUCUAGCAUAGUAGACCAUGGAAAAGGAAGUCAAGCACAGAAAGGAACUCAUACAUCACUUUUACAUGGAGGAAUGACUGAAAUGCAGGGAAAAGAUGUUAUGGAUGCACAAGAAUGUGAAGAGAUUUUUAAGAAUGCAACUGCAGUCAUGCAAGGCAAAGCUGAAUGUACAGCAGCAAAAACGGCAGGCAAGUCAUGGUCACACACAAAAGAAGGCUUCAGCAUUUCACAUUUUACUGAGACCAUUUAUUCAAAUGCAGAAGAGAUCAUACCGAAAGGAAAGAAAUGUUAUUCUUCUGGCUGGAAAAACAGCAGUGAUGCAGAGAAGUCAAUGGAAUAUUUUAAUGAAUGGAGACAAAAAUUAGAUCAUACCAAAGCAAGCUGUGAGGAUAUGUUAGCUAAAUUUAAGACAGUUAGAGACAAUGAGAACAUAAUCCAUACACCUAAGUACUAUUCCAUUGAUAAAGGAAUUAACUGGGAGGGUGAGAGUGCAAACAAACCCACUAUAAGUGAUAUCAUCAAGAAGUUAUCACAGACACGACCUGAACGAGAGUUCUUCACGUGCAAUACCGGAAGAAAAUUCAUUGAUAUAAUACCAGAACAUGCAUUAUCUAAAAAGAAAGAAAAGAUAAAAACACAUCAAUAUGACCUCAGCAUGGUUGAUGAAGAUAAUAUGAACUCAACAGCAAAGACCAACCGAAGACUAUGUUCAGGGCCCUCUGAUCAGAGGCUGUCUCUAACCACACAUGUUUAUCAUCCUUCUGUAAACAGGAAUCCCAUAUCUAUUGCAAUUCUUCCACAUAUAAGGCAGAGAAUUAAGCAACCAUCUGACAACAACUUGUUCUGUAGUGGUCGGAAAGUGGACAGCUUCUAUGCUGUUAGCAUGAAUUUGAAAACAUUACAAGCUAGUCAAAAUAUAAGGCAACAUUUGUUGUUACCACUGGGAUCUGAUCAAUGUCUUGGUGUAAACUCAACUAUUCCAGCAGCCAUUGAAGGAAGUUUACUAUAAUUAAACAGCUAUUAUAUUUGAAAGAAUACAUAAAUAUACACUCCUUAACCAUUUUCUUUUAUAUAACACAGGUAUCAUCAUGUUAAUAUUAUGAAGAUAUGAGGACCUGCUGUGUUGCAUAAUUGUACCACACUUUCCAGCCAUAAAUUUAGUAUCAAAUUGCUAUAUCUCAAGCAUAUAGAAUUUUUGUUUGAAAAUCUGAAGGGAACUGACUGGAUACAGUAUACACACUCACGCUGCCUCUACUGCAUAUUUUACAGAAAUUUUGAAUGUAUAUACAAGGAAAGAUGAAAGGUAAUUCAUAACACUUUUCAUGAGUUCAUUCUGCAGGAGUGUAAGUCAGGAACUGAUGGGUUUAGUAGCCUGACACAGGUGUCAUCAACAUGAGGAACUGAGGUGGCAAGCUAGAUAACAUAUUGUUUUAGAUGAGCUUUUCUCAAAUAUGCAACAAUAAAAUGUCUGAAGAGUUCUAUCUUCUGGGAUAUAAUUCCAUGUCGUCUGCUGAAAAUCAACCAGAGUUCUGAAGGAACAUGUCGCCUCCUUCUUCAAGGUUAAGAGUAAGGAAACCAGAAUGCUCCUCCAAAAUGCUGGUUGAUUUUCAAUGGACUACAUGGCGUUAUAUCACAGAAGACACGACUCUUCAUAAUCACCACUGUGAGAAUCUCAAAUGCUAAAUAAAAUAUCCCAUCUAAGACUUGACUGUCUAAAAAAUGUGGAAGCCUUGAUGUCAUACAACCCU